AGGAAGAGGGCCUCCUCCAUUGCAAAAGUCAGGCAGAGAGUCAUACACAUUACUUCCAUAUAUCAUCACAAGUCUCCCCUUAACGCAACAAGGCUCCGUGGUCAAAAGGAGAAAGUUGGUAUCUUUUCUUUUUGCUUAGCAGGAUUUGCGGGUUUUUCAUGUACAUGAACAGUCAGAGGCUCCCAGCUCUGUUUAAGUUCUGACUCUCCGUGGCUUGUCCUCUGGUGAAUAAGAACUGUGCAAUGAUCGCUCUGCGGGUGUUCAACCUUGGAGCUCUCUGUAUGUUGUUUUGCUCUAACGCAAGAAGACGAGUGAGAGCCUUUGGAGCCUAAUCCGCGUUUCGCGGAAGCCCAUUUAUUAGUUCUUGGAUUCGCGCGUCUGGGGCUCUUUUCCUUCUGUUGGAGACGCGAAAUGGGGUUUGAGAAAAUUGGAGAGAUUAAGUUCUUGGGACUCACGGCGUCUUCGAGGCACAAGCGGUCCAAGAGCUUUCCAGACAAGAACAGAGCUCCAGAAGACGGUUCUGAUGUUUCACCUAAAGUUUCACAAGGCAUGAAGCAGGGCUUAGUUCAUGUUGAACCCUCCUUAAAGACCAACAAGAAACCGUCCUCGAAUUCUGAGACCCACGAUUCUUUGAAGCAAGAGAUUUUGCAACUUGAGAAAAGAUUACAAGACCAGUUCCAGGUGCGUCAUGUUUUAGAAAAAGCGCUGGGUUAUCAGACUUCCUCCCAUGACAAUGCAAGUGACGUUUCAAUGCCCAAGCCAGCAACAGAGUUGAUCAAGGAAAUCGCGACACUGGAGUUGGAAGUAGCACAUUUGGAGCAGUAUCUUCUCUCGCUGUACCGGAAGGCUUUUGAUCAACAGGUUUCUUCUGUAUCUCCGUCCACAAAAGAUGCAUCUUCCAAGGACAAGAGGUUGAGGACUCCAAAAGAUAUCCCGAGGGCAAGGCUUUUUGAAACUCCUCCAUCUGCUAAUGCAAAACGAAGGGAGGACUCUGCAGUUCCUUCAAGUGUUCAGCCACUUGAAAUCCCAUUGAAAGAUGCUCAUGGUCUCAGCGAAGAAGAGAAACUGUUGCAUUCUGGUGUCCAUCGUUGCCAUUCUGCACUGUCUCACCGUUCAGCCUUGGAAGUAAGGAUUUCUCCUCGAGAGGAGUCUCUGGGUAAAGCCGUGCGUGCUUGUCACUCCCAACCAUUGUCAAUGAUAGAGUUUGCUCGAAAGGCAGGAACAAGUGUAGUUAGUCUGGCUGAGUACCUCGGCACGACCGUUUCUGAUCAUGUGCCUGAGUCGGCCAGUAGGCUCUCCGAGGAUAUGAUCAAGUGCAUGUCAUCCAUAUACUGCAAACUGGCAGAUCCUCCUCUGGCAAAUCAGGGCCUUUCUUCUCCGAACUCGUCACUGUCAUCUGCAAGCGCAUUCUCCCCUCAAGAUCAAUCAGACAUGUGGAGCCCUGGGUUAAGGAACAAUUCGUCCUUCGACGUACGCUUAGAUAAUCCUUUCCACGUGGAGGGACUCAAAGAGUUCAGUGGACCGUAUAGCACGAUGGUUGAAGUGCCCUGGAUACAUAGAGACAGUCAGAAAUUGGGUGACAUCGAACCUUUGCUACAAAAUUACAGGUCACUGAUCUGCCGUUUAGAAGAAGUAGAUCCGAGGAAGCUGAGGCAUGAGGAAAAAGUAGCGUUCUGGAUCAACAUCCACAAUGCAUUGGUGAUGCAUGCGUUUUUGGCUUACGGGAUUCCACAGAACAAUGUAAAGAGAGUAUUCCAGCUACUGAAGGCUGCAUACAAUGUCGGAGGCCACACGAUUAGUGCAGACACGAUCCAGAGUACCAUCCUCGGAUGCCGGAUGUCUCGUCCAGGACAGUGGCUUCGGUUAUUACUUAGUCCAAAGAAAAAGUUCAAGACCAGGGACGAAAGACAAGCUUAUGGUAUAAAGCAUUCAGAGCCGCUUCUGCACUUUGCACUCUGCUUUGGGAGCCACUCCGAUCCUGCGGUUCGCAUAUAUACCCCAAAAGGAUUAUCUCAAGAGCUGGAAACUGCAAAGGACGAGUAUGUUCGAGCUACUUUUGGUGUACGCAAGGACAAGAAGAUCUUGUUACCAAAGACUGUGGAGUCUUUUGCAAAAGAUUCGGGGCUGUGUGCUGCAUACAUUAUUGAGAUGGUUCAGAAAUGCCUGCCCGAUUCUUUGAGGAAGAGCCUGAAGAAGUGUCCAGUGGGAAAAUCGAGCAAGUCCAUCGAAUGGAUUCCUUACAACUUCAGCUUCCGCUAUCUCAUUGCAAAAGAGCUGGCAAAGUGAUCAUGCCUUUGUAGAUUUUACGGUUCCCUCUGUACAUAAAUAGAAUCGAGUGGACAACCGACAUUUAUUCACAUGUGAUGUAAGUUACCUUGUGCCAUUCAGAUAGAUGUGAGUCGCUGUCCACUCAUUUUUGUAAUGCUGCGAACAGAUUGAUUUCAAUUGUUCCACCUGUAAAUAUAUUUGUUUAGCUAGCCAUCA